AUGGCUGCGAAAGUGUGUAGAUCGGUCCUCCUCCUGUCCCGGAGCAGCGGAGCCGUAGCCUCUUCUGCUUUUCCCGCAUUCGGUAUCUCCUCACAGCGACAUCAUCAGAGCACGAGAACGGAGGCGCUGUCCAUUUCCCUUGGAAGUCGCCAGACUGUCAGGAGAGCACACGGUCUGAGAACAGGAGCCAGGUCUGCUCUCUUCUGUCACUCCAGUGCUGCUAAAACAGCCCAGGGCUGGAAGAGCUCCCCCUCAUGGCAGGGUCAAAGACUACUGUGUUCAUCCGCUGCUACAGAAGACGUUACAGUGGUGUAUCAGAACGGCUUGCCGGUGAUCUCUGUACGUCUGCCGUCCCGACGAGAACGCUGCCAGUUCACCCUCAAACCCUUGAGCGACACGGUGGGGGUUUUCCUUCAGCAGCUGCAGGCGGAGGACAGGGGCAUCGAUAGAGUCGCCACCUACUCUACAGAUGGAGUAAGAAUAGCAUCCUCUACAGGGAUUGACGUUUUACUCAUGGACAGCUUUCAGCUAGUCAUUAAUGACACGACACACACGGUGCAGCCGCCCAGGAGAGAAUUGCUACCACACGAGGACGCAGAACGACUGAACGAUGUCAAGCUCUUGGUGCAGCAGCUCUACUCCACCCUGCUUAUAGAAAACCAUCAGCUCACCAAAGAGAGAGAGCUCAUUGGACGACUGGAGGACCUCAACUCUCAGCUCCAGCCCUUGGAGAAGGUUAAAGAAGAGCUGAGUAAGAGAGCAGAGCGCAGGACUACAUGGGUGCUGUGGGGUGGGAUGGCAUACAUGGCCACACAGUUUGGCAUUCUAGCACGACUGACCUGGUGGGAGUACUCAUGGGAUAUCAUGGAGCCCGUCACAUAUUUUAUCACCUAUGGUACAGCAAUGGCUAUGUACGCUUACUUCGUGCUGACACGUCAGGAAUAUCUUUACCCCGACGCCAGGGACAGACAGUACCUGCUGUUCUUUCAUAAGGGUGCGAAGAGAACAUGCUUUGACAUUGAGAAGUACAACAAACUGAAGGAUGCGAUUGCUGAGGCGGAGUUGGAUCUAAAGCGUCUUCGAGACCCGCUGGAGUUGCACCUCCCUGUCCAGCAAAUCACUGCCAGCAAGGACUGAUGAGAACCUGAAGCCCUCUCUCUCUCUCUCUCUCUCUCUCUCUCUCUCUCUCUUACUUUGUUCUCUUCUGCCUCUUUUUGUCUUUUUGUUUCAUCUCUACGACCUCAAUGAAAAACCAUAUCCACAGCAGACUUCAGAGUUUUAUUGUUAUCCUUUUUAUUGUUUUCCUUAAUUUGGCAAGUCUAUGCAGAGGAGAAGAGAUGCAAUUAAAUGAAACGACUUCACAACAUCCCCGAACGGAUGGUGACGGCAGAUGAUUGCUGAACUGGUGCUCUCAUAACGCAACCAGAGCACAAGGAGAAACGGACAGCUACUUCAGAUAGGAAGCUGAGACAUUAGGAUUCAAGCAGUACAUCGCUACUAGACAAUGACCCCACGUCUGAAAUCUAAAAACCAUCUGCCUUUGGGUUGAACAGUUUUUUCCACAUUUGAGUAUCCCUAACUCUGACACUCUGCAGAAGAGACUUCGGGAUGCGGUGCUCUUUCCGUCUCGGAAAGGAUCCGUUUAGCAUCGAGCAAGUCCUCUUGUGGCUGAAACAGCCUAAGCAAAACCCUCUCGACUAGCCCCGAUUCAGACCUAAAAGCUGAAAUAUCACUGUGUGUUCUGUUAUUCCAAAAAGACAAAGAAUCAAAGAGUUUUGGCACUUUUUAUUUUAAAAGCCAUAUUGUGUUUAUGACGAUGAGAGAAAUGUGCAGAAACGGUUAUUCUUCUCAUUAGAUUAUUAUAAUUUUUUUAGCCAUGCCACCAAGACAUUACAUAUCUGCAGAUGCUCUGAUAUUUGAUUUGAUGAGAUUCUCAACAUCAAAUGAUGCUCAAAUGCUCCAUCCCUAACUCUUUUAUUGUUUAAAAAUAUGUCAUACUCGAUCAGUUUACAUGGCAAACACACACACACACACACACACACACACACACAGUCUCUGCGGAUGGAUCCUCUUUGAAGGUCUUCUCUCUUCUCUAGAAACCUUCUUUCGAACAUCAUCAAAUGACAUUUUCCCACAGUGCCUCACAGCAUCUGCUGCAGCGUGCUUGUUACGAAACACCUGCUUAUCAGACGCAAUCCAAGAAAGUUCCCCGUCGAAUGCUCUUAAGGCAGGUCACUGUGUAAAAUGCUAUUUUAUUUUUCCUGAAAAAGUUUCGGAAUGCGAUCAGUUUCCCAUCAGUCAUGUGGCGUUUCUAGCUGCAUAUAUCUGCCUCGAUAUGCCAAUUCUUCUGGAACUUGCAGAGAACGUGUAUUAUAUUAGAUCUAGAAUUAGCGUGUGUUUUGCACACUUCGUGGCAUGCUAUAGAGAGAGAGUGUGGCAUCCGUUGUCUAUGUGUGCUAUCUUUAGCCGACAGGCCUUAGCAAUGAUUCUAGCUGGGUUGAGCUGAUUGUCAACAUUUUCAUCGUUUUUUUCCCCAUGCAUCUUCAGUCCAGUUAUUACAUUAAAUAAUUUAUAUAUAUAUCAGUAACCAUUUCCUUGGGCGCCCAGAUAUUUUGAAUCUGUGGGAUGUGAAAUGGACUUGACCCUUAUGGUUCUCUAACAAAAUGAUCAUAUCGAAAAUAUUAUUAUUAUAAAAUAUUGAACUAUUUUGGACAGUUAUCAUGGCCUGUAUUCUUAUUGUCUAUUAUGGUUAUGUCCUACACACUCAGACCCCUGCAGAGAAACAGCUCUUUUGUUGUAUAGCAGAAGUCUGCUCAUUAUGUCAGACAGUCCGUGUUCGUGUCUGUGGUCUUCUUUAUUCAUUUUUAAAGCCAUAUUCAUGAUGUGUUUAUCUCUCUAGAAGUGGAGGGAUCUGAUAAGAGUCUCAAAUCCAUGUUUCCAUUUCUUACCGUGUGUUUAAAUAUUACAGACUCCAGAUUUUAUUUUUUUUUCUGAAAUGUCACUUGCGUUAGAUUCAAACGUUGUUUCGUGUUUUUAGAGUUGCAGUAAUGGGGAAGAUUUUCAGCAGUUGACGAACACAAGGGAUAGUUCAGCCGAAAAUGUACAUUUUAAGGUUUACUCACCCUCACGUCAUAACAUUUGAAGAGUUAUGGGUUUGGAAUGAUAUUAGUGUGAGUAAACAUUGAAAGAAUUAAAAAAAGAAAAAACGUGAAAUAACUUGUAUGAGAGAUCCAAUCUUCCUCACUUAUGUGAUCAACAGUCAUAAAUUCAGGCCUAAACACACUCCAAAGUUAUUUCAGGGCAAAAACUCUCCAUCUCACUCUCCAGGACGCCCAGUACACUGACAUCCCUCGAGCUACUGUAAUCUAAUAGGUCGUGGGUCUGGUCAUUAUCUGAUAAAUUGAACUUCUUUUAGUUUAUUUCUAGGCUUUUCUGUUUGUUUCAGGUUUUUUUUUAAAAUAAUAAUAUAACAAAUAUAUGGAAUCUAUUCUAAAGCGGGUGUUGCAUGAAUGUAUGUGUUCACAUGGGGAAAUUAUAAAUAAAUUAAGCAAAAAAGCAAAGAUUAUUAUGAAUGCUAAAUGCAGAUUAACAGAGUUUGGUUUUUUCCACCCAGUCCCUCAGCCUCCACGACCCAGCAGCAAGGAUGCUCUCGGCUGCACAGGCUCUGAUUGGUCAAGGAUCUCCUCAACAUUAUGUCUUGUUUUAUCCUCUCUCAGUCUCAAUGCUGCUGCGCAAUCUCUGCAGUGCUGCCUUUAUUCUGAACACUGAUCUGAGAUCAGAGAGAGUAUGAAAAUCCUGGUCUUCUUGAACGCCCCUCGCUCCAUCAAUUUGCCCGUCUUUCUUUAGCUCCUUGUUAUACUCUCACACUGAUUAUGUUUUGGUUAUGUGUAUUAUUUUAAAGUUUUCUUCAUGUGCACUUAAAAUGAAAAUUAUAUUUGGGGGGGGAAAUGGUUGACGCUGAAUGGAAAACAUUUUUUUUCUUUUUCUUAGUCUUUGUUCAUUUUGUCAUUGACAUCGGAUGCUGUAAUAUUAGAAGACUUUAAAAAGAAAAAUGUAAAAUCCUGUAUCAUUUAUGAAAUGUGUAUAAAAGAGAAAUGUAAUUCAAUUAUCAAUAAAUACUUAUCCAGUUUUGGA